AUGCACUCGCCUGCGCCACGUCGCACAUCCUCCACCGCCACCGCCACCGCCACCGCCACCGCCACCGCCACCGCCUCGACCUCGACCUCGACCUCGACCUCGCUUCCCCCGCUUCCCCCGCUUCCCGCCAAUACCCCCAAUGCCUCCCACAGCUCCCUCGACUCGUCGCUGACCUUUGUCCGUCACCACCAACUGACGGUGCCGCUCCACCUGCGCCUGUGCUCGCUCGUCGGACCUCUCCCGACCCAUUCGCUCACGACGCUGCUGCAAACGCCCUCGCUCAAACACUCUGCGCUCGCUACACCUCCUUCCCUCCCGCCGGACCUCUACCUCAUCAUCCAGCUCUACUCCUCCAACAAGCCACUGCUCCCGCCUUGGAAAUCGUCCUUCAAGUCCUUCAAAUCGCGCUCUUCGAUCGAAUGGAAUUCGGAACCGAUCGAAUUCGGUAUCCAAUGUUCGGACCUGCCCCUCGAUGCUCAACUCGCCGCGACCGUGUAUUCCCUCGCCGGACCGGACCAACCCCCGCUCGUCCUCGGCGGGAGUACGUUGGCCCUGUUCUCAAAGAACAAGCGCCUCCUCAAAGCGGGCAAACAGAGGUUGUUCCUUCAUCGUGCAUCUGAGGCCGAUGGUAAAGUGCCGAGUACGACACCGAGCAAGCUGGCCAAGGACCGAGAGGCGGAACACGAUCGGUUGGGCGUGUUGGAAACGUGCGUGAGGAGGCAUGAGAGCGGGGAGGUACACAGGGAGGAUUGGGUCGACAAACUUGCGUUCAGGCAGAUCGAAAAGAGCUAUCAGGUCCGUUCCUCGCUCCACCACACUCUCCGACCGAUUUGGAAAAACUGUCAACUUUGCGCCGGCUGACUGAGAGCGUUGACGAUCAGGUCGAAGCGAGCAAGAGCCCACACUUGUUCUUGUACAUCGAUUUACCCAGAUUCGAUUUCCCCGUCGUCUUUUCCGAACAUGUACGAACCGAGUUGGCUGGGCAGGGGACGGGCGAUGGGGCUGAACCCCACUUUCUCCACACAGGAAUACACCCUCCCAACCCUCGCUUCCCCCGCCGUCCCUCUCCCCGGCACGACGAACGCUUCAACCAUCGAAGCUGUCUCCGCACCUCUCCACUCUUUGUUUCCCAUCAUCGAUCCCGAAAUAGUAAGGGAGAACCCCGUCGAAGCGAAACAUCGCCGAUUGGUCAGGAGUCAUCGCUCGGGACCGUUGGAUAGGGAGUUGAAGCCGAAUGCCAAGAUUCGGGACGAGUUGAACGUCAGUGGUCCAUUUGAGCAUUCGAAGCACAACUACCACUUUGUAGCUGAUCAUCCAUUCGGACAUGCUCAACACAGGACAUCCUACGCUACCCCCCCACGCGCGACCUCACUUCAACCCAACGCGACCUCCUCUGGCAAUUCCGUUUCUACCUCACCCGGGACAAACGCGCGCUAACCAAGUUCCUCAAAGCCGUCGCGUGGUCCGAUCCGGGGGAAGUGCAACAAGCCGUGGAAGUGUUGUUGGGUAUGUGGGUCGAGAUUGAGAUGGACGAUGCCUUGGAACUUUUGGGGCCGGGGGAGGCGUUCAGGGAUCGCCGGGUUAGGGCGUUCGCGGUCAAGAGGUUGGAAAAGGCGGAUGAUGAGGUGCGUUUGACGAUCAAGAGUCUUUGAGACGGGCGCUGACUUUUUUUCUUUCAUUGAUACCCAAAGGAACUCAUGUUGUACCUCUUGCAACUCGUCCAAGCGAUCAAGUUCGAACCACCCCCACCCUCCAUGUCCCCUUCCUCCUCGACGUCGUCCUCCAUGCUCCGUCACUCUCGCCACCUCAGCCACUCCCAUUCGCACCACCAUCACCGCAUGGAUGCUUCGACCCCUCCAACGACGGCCUUGAGUCUGAUCGAUUUCCUCAUCGAAAGAAGUGCGCAAAACCCCGUACUCGGUAACCAUUUUCAUUGGUACAUCCAAGUCGAAACGGAGGACAAAGAACGCGGUUCCUUAUUCGCCGACGUGGGUAGGAGAUUCGAACGGCGCGUGGCGGAGCUUGAAGCUUCUUCAUCGGCUUCGAAUUUACUCGAGAUGGGUCCGGAAACAAGAAGGGAUGGGUUGAGGAGACAAACGGAUUUGAUCGCUCGGUUAUCGAGUUUGGCCUAUGAAUUACGCAUGUCGAAAGAUGCUCGACCGAAGAAGAUCGAACGACUAAGGGCUUACAUCCGUGCCCAUCUCCUCAAAUUCGACGUCCCCAUCGCCCUACCCUUGGACGCCAAAAUUCGGAUCGUCGGUAUCGAUCCCGAACGAUCGAGCGUGUUCAAAUCGAAUUUGUUCCCUUUAAAGUUACACUUUCUCACGAGCGAGGGAGGUGCUUAUCCCGUCAUUUUCAAGAACGGUGAUGACCUACGUCAAGACCAACUCGUCAUUCAACUCUUCACCCUCAUGGACCGACUACUCCUUUCCGAGAACCUCGAUCUUAAACUCAUGCCCUACCGAGUCUUGGCGACCGCCCAAUUGGAUGGGAUGGUUCAAUUCGUCGAGAGCAAGACCUUGCAGGAUAUUUCAAACGAGUUUGGCGCACAGGGUUUGUUGGGUUAUUUGAAGCAAGGGAUCGAGAAUCAAGGCGUCGCGGUGUCGGAGGGGGUUGUAAGAGCGGAGGUAUUGGAUACGUAUGUGAGGAGUUGUGGUCAGUCUCUCGAGAAGGAGUCCAUCGAAGUAAGGACCGCGCCUGACGAAGCUUCGUCUUUAUACCCCCCUCUAUCCCCCCGAUAAUUCAGCGGGUUAUUGUGUCGUCACGUACCUCCUCGGCGUAGGCGAUCGUCACCUCGACAACCUCCUCCUCUCCCCCGACGGCCACUUCUUCCACGUCGACUUUGGUUACAUCUUAGGUCGCGAUCCCAAACCGUUUCCUCCGGCCGUCAAAGUUUGUAAAGAGAUGGUCGACGCGAUGGGGGGUUUACAUUCGACCGAGUACAAGAGGUUCAAGAAGUUGUGCGGGACCGCGUUCAGUCUGUUGAGGAAGAAUGGUAAUCUGUUGAUCAACUUGGUGAGCUUGAUGACGGAGGCGAACAUUCAGGAUAUCAAGAUGGAACCCGAUAAGGCCGUAGGGAAGGUACGUGUAGGGAAAGGAACGAGCGCAGCGUGGCGUGACUUUGGGGGUUCGAGGAUCGGAAGGGGGAUGAACUGACUUUCUUGUUUAUUCGUUCUGCCUUGAUCGUUCUCAGGUGCAGGAUAAGUUCUUACUUCACCUUAGCGAGGAAGAAGCGAUCAAGCAAUUCGAAGCGUUGUUGAACGAGACCUCGUAUUUUACUUCCGUGUUGGAUAGGAUCCACUCUGUAGCGCAGUAUUGGAGAUCCUAA